AUGACAAGUCAAAGCACACUGCAGCCGCUAACUCUGCCUCAUGAGCUUGUUACUGAUAUACUUUUAUGCCUUCCUGCUAAUUCUCUUCAGCGAUUCAAGUCAGUAUCAAAGCCAUGGGGUUCUUUAAUUUCUGAUCCCAACUUUGUUAUAUCUCAUCUGCAUGAAGCAAAAGCAUCCCAAAAAAAAGUUAAUCGGUUCCGGGUUGGACAGAUAAUAACCACUUCAGACCGUCCAUGUUUGUCACUCUGUUCAAUGGAUUCCAAUGGAUCAAACCGUGAAGUUGUAACGCUAGACUAUAACUUUCAUUACGUCAGAUGUGUUCGAAUCUUGGUUCUUGAAGGAAUGAUUAUUUCAGGACUUGGAUAUGAGUGUAGCUCUAGAAACUACAAAGUAAUAUUGGUUUAUAAUUGUUUUACUCCACCAUCAUCUCCGCAUAACGAUGAUAAUUAUGAAGUUUUUCCAGAAGAACAUGAAAACCAAGCUAAUAAUGAGGAAUUUGAGGAGGAAUUGGAAGACAAAUUUUCUACAAUGUCUUCAGAUUGUUCAAACAAGGAGAUCGGAAGCUUUGAUGGAGGCAGACCAUGA